CAGGGCUCAGUUUCUCUGCCCUCUUGUCUGGGACACACACCUUUUCAUCUGUGCUUUUUGGGUCUCUGUUGACAUGUGGGCUGUGCUCUUUGUCGCUCUUUUGCUCCAGGUUUGGACAGCUGUAACGGGAUAUCCAUCCGGAGCUCCGGUUGGGAGGUGUGAGGACAUGACCCCUCAACACAAUGUCCAGCCGCAGUCGAUCCCAUCUCCUUACACCAUCGUCAUCAGCAACAUGACCUUCAGCACCAAUCAGAUAAUCAAUGUGACGAUUCAGGGCCCACAGUACAUCGGCUUGCUCCUGCAGGCUCGCUCAGGCUCCGACACCAACGCUGUGGGGACCUGGAAAACUCCACCAGCCAACACCAAGUACUUAGCGUGCUCAGGAAACAACUUCAGUGCCAUCACACACUCCGACAGAACCCCCAAGGACAAUAAGACCACCUUCAGCUGGAUUCCUCCAGCUUCCCUCAAAACUGCCUUCAUAACGGCCACUGUAGUCUCAAACAGAACCACAUUUUGGGUAAAGCUCAAAUCUUCAACACUGACUGGAGUCUCAGGUGGAGUGGCUGAUCCCAAGAUGGCCGUCACGUCUGUUCUGUUUCUCACACUCCUGAUGUUGACUGUGUUCUAGUAGUUUGUGAAUGCACCAUCAGUGACCUCCCAUUAGUCGAGUCCUGUUACGCACAACAUUGUCCAUAAGUUGAGUAAUAAAACUGUAAAAAGAUUUCAGGAUCUCAAGUCGCUGAUGCAUGAAAUCAAGCUGUUUUAAUAAAUUUAAUAGGUGAUUCA